AAUAAACGGGUAGCGAUUCAACGUGACGCUUUUGAAUCGAUUUCAAUGAACGCCAGACAAUACGAGGAGCGAGAGAUGAUACGGGAUCAGGGGAUUAUCGUGAUUAAUUGCGAUUGUCCGCGAACAAUCGAUUUUCGUCGCUCGGUGUACUUUGGGGGAGUGUGUGUGUUGCUCCAACGAGAGCGUUACAGAAGAUCUCGUCGUCGUCGUCGUCGUCGUUGUUGUUGGCAUCCGUCGUACGCGCGGAGCAUAUAUUAUAUUCGCCCGAUGACACAACUGCAUUUUUCUGCACGCGGAAUGCAGCUGUGUUUAUUAUCUAUUAUCGCGCGUCGCAGAGGAGCGGGAGAUUUGUGCCCCUGGUGACUCCGAUCGCGCGAUUUCGCUCUCUCACUCGCCGGACGAAAAAAUUCUAUACAAGCACCGCGUGAAUUAGAACGCGCCGUUCUCGUCACGCGACUCACUGGACGAAAAAAGCUCCUCGCAAGCUGGCGAACGGCGAUAACUUUGCAGCUGCGAAGACGUUAAUGUGUUGUUGUCUCCCCUCGCUUUGAACCGCAGCCAGAUUACGUUCGCGCGCACGUGUCGUUUAAUUUUAAAACGCAGAACGUAUGUAUACUCGCGUGUCGCAACAGGCAGUUCCGAUAGGUUCGAUCUGGAUUUUUCCGCACUGUGAUUCUUCCUUCUGCUUUCGAAACUCUUUCAGCAUUUAAAUCCAUUAUCGAGCCCUUUCAUACUAUUUGCUGCCAAUUGAGAUGCUACGACACUCGUGUAUUCUCUUCUCCUCUGUAUAUAUAUUUUUUAUCAUUUUUUAUUAUUAUACGCGAAUUGGAGUAUAAUAUAAAAUUAAUUGUUUUUGUUAUUGUUGUCUUGUUGAAAUACUGUAAUUUGUAUAUAAAAUGAAUGUAAAAAAUACUAGUUCGUAUAGGAGAUUCUCUGUACAACUUUAUUAUUAGAAUAGAAUAAUUAACAGUCCAUUAAUAAAGAACAUAAUAGAUCAUAUAUAUAUGUAUAUAUAUAUAUAUAUAUUUGCUUUCUAAAGUAUCAAAAAUUGGAUAUAUUAAACCUUUAAAUUGUCGGAAAAGUCACUUUCGUGGUUCUGAACAAAGUUCGAAAUCUCGCGUAACGUGUAUAUUAUUUAUACAAAUAAAUUUUUGGGAAGAAAUUCAUUAUUUUAAUGAAAAAAUGCCGGCAGCGUAAAAGCUAAAUGUACGAGUAUCUUUUAUACUCACUAUGCAUUUCUCUUUUAUGUUUUUUAUUAUGCGCGAAUUAGAAUAUAAUAAAUUGAAGUAUGUACAUAAAUCUAAAGAUCGAUCUUUACGUACCUGAGUGACUAUCAAAGCUGUUCAGUGCACUUUUUUUUUACGAAAUGAUCAGAACAGCUGCGAUAUGUAUCUCGAAUUGAUCGAAAUAAGAUUAAAAUUUUGGAUCAACGCAAGAAUUAUCGUGUGGAGGAAAAUGUUGGAGAGUCACGGAACCGCUCGAUGUUGUUGCGCGAAUGCGAUUUAUUCGCGAGGCUAUGCGAAAAGCGACAGCGAUCCGGACGAUGCUCCAGACGCGCCCGGAAGCAGUGCGGGAGUGCAGGAUGUAGACGUGGCGAGGAGAAAUUCGACGAAUUCCACUAAAAUUGAAUCGUCGCUGUCGAGGGAAUCCUCGCAAAAGUCUAUCGCAGUCGAGAUACUGAGGAAGAUCGACCCCGAUAGAAUGAGCAGGAUCAGCAUGCAAAAUUUAAAGCUCUCCUCAUUAUUUCCGGAGAUGUUCUGGGGACGCAGCUACGAAUCGAUUGAACGGUUACCAACUGGCUCUUCGUUUGAGAUAAACUUUGACGUGUCUGAGGAAGAUUACGCCAGGAGUCUACGUUUCCCACGUUUUUUAAGAAAAAGUUACAAGGAAUACUGCGAUACAGUCAUGGCCGAAGACACGUCGGCUCAGAAGUUUAUAAAACCUGGGAGUCACAAGGGCAAGGGCAUCGCUGUGUUCACCAGUGGAGGCGACUCUCAGGGAAUGAAUGCCGCCGUACGGGCGGUCGUGAGAAUGGGCAUCUAUCUCGGGUGCAGGGUGUACUUUAUCAAGGAAGGCUAUCAAGGUAUGGUGGACGGUGGAAAAUACAUCGAGGAAGCUACAUGGUCGUCCGUAUCUUGCAUCAUUCACAAAGGUGGUACAGUAAUCGGUUCCGCCCGAUGCCAAGAUUUCAGGGAGCGUCCCGGUCGCUUAAAAGCCGCCAAGAACUUGGUUAACUUGGGAAUAACUAAUUUAGUGGUAAUCGGCGGAGACGGCUCCCUUACGGGUGCCAAUCUCUUUAAAGAGGAGUGGUCCUCGCUUCUGAAGGCGCUAGUCGAAUCUGGUGACAUAACUGCCGAACAGUGCGAAAAAUACAAGCACUUGCAUAUUGUCGGUCUAGUAGGUUCCAUCGAUAACGAUUUUUGCGGCACGGAUAUGACGAUUGGUACCGAUUCCGCGCUGCAUCGUAUCAUUGAAAGUAUCGAUGCUAUAGCUAGCACAGCCUACUCGCAUCAGAGAACGUUUAUAAUGGAAGUCAUGGGUCGUCAUUGCGGUUAUCUAGCUCUGGUGGCAGCUAUAUGUUGUGAGGCUGAUUAUGUUUUCAUCCCAGAAUGGCCACCCGAGCGAGAUUGGCCCAACAAGCUGUGCAAAAAAUUAUUGCAGGAAAGACUUACUGGUCAACGGCUUAAUAUUAUUAUCGUGGCUGAAGGAGCUGUCGACAGAAACGGCGAUCCAAUCACUACUGAUAAAGUGCAUAAAGUUGUCGUGGAUAAAUUACAGCAGGAUACGAGAGUCACUGUUCUAGGUCACGUACAAAGAGGUGGCAAUCCUUCAGCGUUUGAUAGAGUUUUGGGAUGCCGGAUGGGAGCUGAAGCUGUGAUGGCUUUAAUGGAAGCAACUCCCGAUACGGAAGCCUGCGUCGUUACGUUGGACGGUAACCAAGCUGUAAGAUUACCACUUAUGGAAUGUGUUCGUCGUACGAAGGCCGUAUCGCAGGCUAUGGCUGAUAAAAACUGGGAUCUUGCUGUUCAGCUUCGAGGAAAAGGUUUCGAACGCAACUUAGAAACUUACAAAAUGCUGACUCGUUUGAAAGCGCCACAUUUGAUGGAUAUUAAUAAGGAAGUUAAUGGCCGUACAUUACCAAAGCAAUACACUUUAUGUGGACAAGAUCAUUAUACGUUGGCGGUUAUGCAUAUAGGAUCGCCGUCUUGUGGCAUGAAUGCAGCGGUUCGUUCCUUUGUGAGGAAUUGUAUCUAUCGAGGUGACAAGGUAUACGGUAUCGGCGAUGGAGUGCUAGGUCUGAUAGCUGGUAGAUUCAAACUAAUGGAUUGGCCAUCGGUUACCGGCUGGGUCUCAGAAGGUGGCGCAAAAUUGGGAACGAAGCGUGCACCACCCACAGAGGAUCAGUUACCACAAAUCGCUCAAAAGCUCAAAGAAUUUGAAAUACAGGCGUUGCUCAUCAUAGGUGGAUUCGAGGGUUAUUUGACUGGCCUCACAUUUGUCAAAGCGAGAGAUAAGUACGAUGAGUUUAAAAUUCCUAUCGCUAUGAUUCCUGCGACUAUUAGCAACAAUGUACCAGGUACCGAGUUUUCAUUAGGCUGCGAUACAGCUUCAAAUGAAAUUACGGAGAUCUGUGAUCGCAUUCGGCAAUCGGCACAAGGUACUAAACGUCGCGUAUUCAUUAUCGAGACGAUGGGUGGUUACUGCGGAUAUUUAGCGACCGUUGCUGGUCUAGCCGGUGGUGCCGACGCGGCGUACAUUUAUGAGGAGAAAUUUAACAUCAAAGAUUUGAAUCAAGAUGUCAUCGCAAUGGCGGCAAAAAUGUCGGAAGGCGUCGAGAGGGGUCUCAUUAUUAGAAACGAGAAUGCCAACGAAAAUUACGAUACUGAGUUUAUGUUUAGACUUUUUAGCGAAGAAGGAAAGGGCUUAUUCAGUUGUAGAAGGAAUAUACUCGGUCACAUGCAGCAAGGAGGCUCGCCGACGCCUUUUGAUCGUAACUUGGGUACAAAGAUGGGCUCUAAGGCAGUAGAAUGGUUCACCGACCAAUUAAGAAAAUAUACUAGUCCUGAUGGCAAAACGUUCACUCCGUCAGCGGAUAGCGCGGUGAUGCUCGGUAUCGUCAGACGCCAGUACAGAUACACGCCAUUUACGGAACUUGACGAGGUUACCGACUUUGAACAUCGCAUUCCGACGUAUCAAUGGUGGAUGAAGUUGCGUCCGUUGCUAAAAGUAUUGGCGAAGCACGAGUCGACGUACGAAGAGGAAGGUCUCUACAUGACUGUCGAAGAGAUGGAUCAACAAAAGGAUCCGCCUCUCGUAUAAAUCAUGAAAUUAAUAUUUUAAAAAGCGCCGGUAGAUUAAAAAACGCCUGAAGAGUAGGUGCCGAUUAAAAAUAUUGCAGUAUUGUAUAAAUUAUAUUAUGAUAAUUUUAUUGUUGCUCUUGACAAGAAACGAAUCUUACGAAUGUUUAUAUAUUUGAAAAAUUUAAUUAUGUAUACUACAUUUAUUUAUUUAAGAUCUGCAAACGAAUUUUCAAUUCAUAUAAUUCGGGCAACUAGCAGGUAUGAUUGGAAAUUAUAUCGAGAAAGGAAGUUCUUUUAUAUUCUUUCAGAUACGUUUGUAUGUUAAAACGUUUUUCGAGCUCAGGUAAGAAAUGGGUACAAAAGCAGUACCUGAAGUAUAAAGGUAUAAAGUAAUCAUAACGUAUAAUAUCUAUCGGUGCAGUUUACUGAUAAAAGCGAUAUCCUCCGUUGGCAACGAGACACGGAAUUACGAAAUAUAAUAUUGUUAUCUUAAUAAUAUUGAAUUUGCAUUGAUGUAUAGUAUUGAAGGUAAAUUAGAAAUUGAUAUAUGCAAAAUCUAGUGUAGUAAGAUAUAUCAAAUUCAAGCGCUAAAAAAAAUAAUGGGGCAGAAAAUUAUUUUUACGAAAUAUGUAAAGACACGUGACUAAAUUGGAGACGUGCUAAACUUAUAUUUGAUAUGCUACUCGAACCUAAUAUAAACAAUUUUGGCACGUAUAUUUAAUUGGAUUCAACAACAAAACAAUUCAACGUUUAUUAGCGUUAUUAGCAAAUAAUGAUAUUAUUUGUGCAUUUUUGAUGCUUUGGACGUUUCGGAUAUUUUAUAAAUUAAAAACAACAGCCUCAAAUUUGAUUUUUCAUUCAAUUCUUUAGUAUAAUCAAAUUUAUUGGAACGCUUAAUUAUCAUUUUUCAGUUAUAGCACGGAUCGAGCAGUAAAUUAGAUUGAGAGAAAUUGCAAGAGUUUCACAAGUUAAACAUUUUGAACCCGUAUUUGUGGUCUACUAAGGCAUAGGAUUAAAAAAUAAUGCGGUAUUUUGCGUCGGUGAAAGUGUUUAUCUUUCGGUUUAGUGUUUACUCGAAGCUAUAAAAGGCUAUUGGAGAAUAUACCUGUCUACCUCAAAACAUAAUUUUGCAACGAUAAACGAACGACUCGUAGGAAAGAAAUUGACCUGAGUCGACGCGUUAGUUGCACAUAACGUUAAAAAAAUUUUUGCUAAAAUUUAAGGCUUGUGACCACAAAAGUAUUUAGAUUUAAUUCUUUCUCUCUCUCUCUCUCUCUCUCUCUCUCUCUCUCUCUCUCUCUCUCCCCUCUCUCUCUUUGUCUCUCUUUCUCUUUCUCUCUCUAUACUCGUAUAUUUAACUUUCAAGAAAGUCAUGCAAGUAUUAAUCUCAUAAUUGUUUUUGGCGUAUAAGAUAGCGUUCGUCGUGUUCUUACGAGAUUUUAGAACCGGAUAGAAUUACAUUCUGAUAUCCAUUGAAAAUUGUGUCUUGUGUAAACUCUUACUCGUGUGAGUUCAUUUAAAUGUCAGAAUAAAAUUGCCGACUCGUGAUUUUAACGGGAAUACGCGUAAGGCAAUAAAACUUGUGUGCGAUAGCGUAUAAUUUUUUUCAAUGUAGUUGGACACAAUUUGAGGGUUGUGGAGUGCUUAAUGAUUUUUAUUUCAAUGCUAUUUAGCACUCGCAAUGCUACGUUUAAGAUUGGCUUAGUGGAUAGCAAUUAAUGCAUGCUGCGAAAAAACGAAAAUCUUAAAUCUUCGAAAGUACAAUAAUAUGCGCAUACAUUGCAAUUUAUUCGAAUUAGAGUAAUAAUACGAAAAUAAUACAUAUAUAUUUAUUCGACAAAUUGUUCGUUUAAAAUUGUUUCGAAGUAUAUGAUAUCUACUAGAGUAUACGACAGAUAAAAUAGCUUUCAUUGAAAAGCAACAAUAAUAUCGCUAAUGACACUUGUUUAAAUGACCACGCAAAAUGAUCCUGGUUUGAUUUAAUAUUUUAUCAAGAAGGUAAAUUUUUGAAUGAAACAAAAGUGGACAGUACGGGAAUUACAAAGGCUCUCAUCAAUAUUAUUUGUGUAUAAAAUUGUAAUUUGUAAUUGGUAUUGUUUAUUACAUUUUUCGUACAUUUCGAUAGAUUUUUAUUUGAUAACAAAUACAUUUUAUAAAUUAUAAUUAAGAAUAUUAAUGUUUAUAAAAGUUUUUUUAAUUUUAAUUUAUAAGUAAAUUUUAAGGCAGAAUGCCUAAUUAUAGAAUUUGAUACAAAUUGGAUAUAUAUCGAGCUUUUAUUGGUACAAACAAAUCAUGUUGAUGCUUAAUAUCAUUUAAUAUCCUAAAUAUCCAUUUGAUUGGCAUACGUUAACGAAAAUACAUGUGUGUGUAUAUAUACAUAUAUAUAUAUAUAUAUAAUUAUCUAGCGCUGUAUAUCAUAUACUACACUAUUCUAAUUAUAUACACAAAAAUGUACAAAUAGUACUUGCAUAGUGUAAAACUGUUAGCUGCCCGUCACUAGCGCAAUAAGAAUAUGAAAAAUGAAAAGAUAUUAUUUUUAAGAUUUUCAGAGAUAUAUUUUUGACCCAUUGUUGAUCAAUGAAUUUACAUCCUACCCGCAGCAUAUAUAGAGUAUUAGAAUUACUGUAUUUAUUUUUCUUCCGACAUUGAAUUAUCGACAUCAUUGCGUGCUCGACGGUGCGAUACACAUGAAAUUGUAAUUCGCCAACAAUUUGAAAUGUCCCAUAAAUUGAUUGUUGCGACGAAAUGUCUAAAUUUAGGAAAAACUGCUAUAUAUUACGCAUGAUGUUGUAUCCAUGUCGUGAAAUAAACUAUAUCUUCUAAAUGUGUUACCCAACAUAUCACCUAAACAAAUAAAUAUAUUUUUUCCUUGUAAAUAUAAAAAUACUGUUGCGCUAAAUAUUGUACCAUAAUUAUAUAUUCUUUAUAUUUAAAUACUCUUUUUUUCAUUAGGUAAUGAUAUAUAAUAAUGAUGUAAAUUUUAUGCUCUUGAAAGGAUUUGAAAAAAGUAAACUAUAUUCUUUUACUCUUUUUUUUUAUAUAAUAUAAUAAAAUGCGAUAUAAAAUAUUUUUUUAAUUUCAGCUGAAGCGAGAAACAAAAAUAUCAAAAAAUCGAGAAAUGGUUGUCUAUUCCGAAAAACUAAGCAAACCAAUUAAUUCUGAUUUAUCUUUCUCUAUUAAAAAAAAAAAACACAUUGUUAUCUUUAUAAGUUUUGAGUUCAAGGUGAUAUGUAUAAUAAAAUUACAAUAAUAAAAUAACUUGUAAUUAAUUUAUCAAUUAAA